CGUGAACGUGAAAAGUAUAUUCUCCAAACAGUUUCUGUUUAGCUGCACAAGUGGUCGUUAAGACUUGUUUCUUUUUUUUACAGACUUUAAAUUAACAAAAACAUAUUGAAGAGCGGACAUGGCGCUCACCGACGCUGACGUGCAGAAGCAGAUCAAGCAUAUGAUGGCCUUCAUUGAACAAGAGGCCAAAGAGAAAGUUGAGGAAAUUGAUGCUAAGGCAGAGGAAGAGUUUAACAUCGAGAAAGGUCGCCUGGUGCAGACUCAGCGGGUGAAAAUCAUGGAGUACUAUGAGAAGAAGGAGAAGCACAUUGAACAACAUAAGAAAAUCCAGAUGUCCAACCUGAUGAACCAAGCGAGGCUGAAGGUGCUGAAGGCCCGUGAUGACAUGAUCAUGGAUUUGUUGAACGAGGCUCGGCAAAGACUUGCAGCAAUUGCUAAGGACCCUGCUAAGUACUCCACCCUGUUGGAGGGCCUGGUGCUGCAGGGAUUCUAUCAACUGCUGGAGCCAAAAGUUACCAUUCGCUGCCGACAGCAGGAUGUAGAGCUGGUUCAGGCUGCAGCUAAUAAGAACAUCCCCGUCUACAAAGAGGCAGUGAAGAGCAACAUAGUCGUCAAAAUCGACCAGGAACGUUUUCUUCCAUCAGAAAUCUGCGGAGGAGUUGAAAUAUAUAACGACAAUGGGAAGAUCAAAGUUUCCAACACUUUGGAGAGCAGGCUAGAACUCAUGGCACAACAGAUGAUGCCUGAGAUCAGAGCGAACUUGUUUGGUGCCAACCCCAAUCGCAAGUUCACAGAUUAACGGUGGACUGGAAGAGAGCAGUGCGGACAUGGGUGAAAUAAGGUGAUCGCAGACCAUCUUCAUGAUUAGAAAGAGGCUGUAUGAUCACCUAUCAAUCAUAAAGGGUAAAUGAAAACCCUGAUUUACUCAAUGCAAUGCUGCAGAUGUCUUUAUAUGUCUUUUUUUUUUGUACUAAUGAACAGAAUAAUAAUUCAACAUGUGCAUUUUUACUUGUGUUUACGUCCCAUUUUGCCAUCAGGGGUUGUCUAAAGGACUGCUUUUAAAUUGCAAUGACAUUGCAAAUAUGUAUUCUUUCAGUUGUUUUUGGAAACCUGUUGCUCUACUACUUGAUUACAGUAAUCAAAUAUCAUAUAUAGGUCAGCAAAGAUACACAUUGACAUACCUUGUCUACAUUUUUGUAGACUAUUGUCUAUAAUGAGGUAGAUUGUCUGGUAUGUUUACUAAAUCAGUGUUUUUUUUUUUUACAGUUUGACUUUUGACGAGGUGUGUGUGUGUGUUGUUUUUAUUCUGAGCCUAUGCAAUGAAAUGUCGCUCAAAUGUACAUUGUGAAUGUACAGCUGAAUGACAAUAAUAUUAUAAUGAUGUCUGUCUAAGUGUGUGUGUGUGUGUGUGUGUGUGCGCGAACAGCCAACCCUUAGAAUUGUUCUGAAGCACUUAAUGUACAACAACCAAAGAAAUAAAUGUGUGUGACACGGA